ACAGGUAGGACUCUGCCCCACCUGCCCUGAAUGAUGGGUAGCCACUGCACGUAUCACUGAUGACAGGCAGACAAUAAUAAUAAUUAACUGGUUGAAUGGCACUAAUGGACAUUCGUGAAAGAAGAUAACUGAGUCUGAUGACCAGGCUACAGUGUGCAAUUCCCCAAGUCAACUCCUACAAAAGCGCUAUUCCCCGCUUGCAGAGUAAAAACACUGUGAUUUUUGGAGUAGGGGGUUCGUUCUCUGUUGAUUCCGUGUAGAGAGGUAGCAAGACGAAAAACCAAGAGGAUUUCGCUCUUAAUGAAUGGAAAUACGGAUCGGCGCUGUACACGCAGCCAGAGUAAAGAGGCUGAGAUCGAAUGGAAGGAAAUAAGAAAUAAGUGGCACAAGAUAAGAUAAAGCCAAGGGGGCACGCGAACCGGAGACGAAGCUAAACCGCUGCAAUUGACGAUCAACGGAUUACAACAUUAUUCCCGUUGCUGGCGAGUAAACUAUUUUCUAGAGGGAAUUGAUGGUGUCUUUACAGAGCAGAACAGACUUUGAAGAGGUGAUUUUGAAUGCACUCGGCUGAAUCAUGCUGAGUUUGUGGUUAAUAACUUUGGCUAUCAGUUUUAACAAAGUGUGGACAGCGAGAUUCUCACAGGAGCCAGCGGACCAGUCUGUUGUUUUGGGAGAGAGAGUAGUCAUGUCCUGUGUUGUCUACAACUACACCGGAAUCGUACAGUGGACCAAGGAUGGACUGGCACUGGGCAUCGGAGAGGGCCUUAGGGCCUGGCCCAGGUACCGUGUGCUGCGGGUGAUAGACGUGGGCCAGUAUAACCUGGAGAUCUCUGCAGCAGAGCUGACCGAUGACUCCCUGUAUGAGUGCCAGGCCACAGAGGCUGCCCUACGCUCCCGGAGAGCUAAACUCACCGUCCUCAUCCCUCCCGGUGACCCAGUGAUCGAGGGCUUUCCAGAGAUCCUGCUGAGAGCCAAUGUCUCUUAUAACCUGAGCUGUGUGUCCCGCGGGGCCAAGCCACUGGGCAUCAUCGAGUGGAAACGGGACGGGGUGGCCCUGGAGGGAGCCUUCAGCACCACCGAGGUUCUCCCAGACAGAAAGAGGGUGACGACAAGGAGCUUCCUGCCCAUCAUCCCAGAGGACAAAGACACGGGACACAACUUCACUUGUGUGGCCAGCAACAAGGCUGUCCCAAUGGGAAAACGCACCACCGUCACCCUCAACGUGCACCACCCCCCCAAGGUGAACCUAUCCAUGGAGCCUCGGUCUGUCCUGGAGGGAGAGAGAGUCAUCUUCACCUGCCAGGCCACCGCCAACCCUCCCAUCAUGGGUAUCCGGUGGGCGAAGGGUGGUGUUCUCCUGGAGGGGGCGAGGGAGAGUGUGUUUGUGACCCCAGUAGACCACUCCUUUCACACCGAGCCGGUCUCCUGCUCUGUGUUCAACGCUGUGGGACACACCAACCUCAGCAUCGUGGUCGAUGUACACUAUGGUCCUAUCCUGAAGGGGGCGCUCACACCGAUUACAGUGGACAUGGACUUUGACGCCAAACUCAAUUGCAAGUGGGCCGGAAACCCUCCACUCACACUCACCUGGACCAAGAAGGGAUCGAACAUGGUCCUUAGUAACAAUGAGGAGCUGGUCCUGAAGUCCGUGAGCCAGGCAGACGCGGGCCAGUAUGUGUGUAAGGCUAUCGUCCCCAGGAUCGGAGUGAAAGAGACUGAGGUCUAUCUUAUAGUCAACGGCCCUCCCAUCAUCUCCAGCGAACCAGUGCAGUACGCAGUGAGAGGGGAGAGAGGAGAGGUCAAGUGCUAUAUCGCUAGCACCCCUCCACCCGAUAAGAUUGUGUGGGCGUGGAAGGAGAACGUGUGGGAGAAGGAGAAGGGGACUCUGCUGGAGAGGUACACGGUGGAGCAGAGUAAACCUCACUCCCAGGGAGGGGCUGUCCUCUCCACCCUCACCAUCAACAACGUCAUGCAGUCUGACUUCCACUCUCCGUACAACUGCACCGCCUGGAACGCCUUCGGACCGGGGACUAUGAUCAUCACCUUGGAGGAGAAAGAGAUAGUUCCAGUGGGGAUUAUAGCUGGUGGAACAGUAGGAUCCUCCAUCCUGCUCCUGAUCUUUCUGCUGGCUCUGGCCUUCUUCCUCUACCGCCAACGAAAAGGCAGUCGACGUGGGGUCACUCUGGGGAAGCCAGACAUCAAGGUGGAGACGGUCAACAAGGAGACACACAGUCUGGAGGAGGAGUCAGGGAGCAUUUCCACGGCAACACGCAUGGUCAAGACCAUGUACUCUUUUCUGCCCUCUGUCUCCCUCUCUCCCUCCACUCAGCCAUUCAAAGACCAUAUGGAUCUGAAGCAGGACCUGCGCAGUGAGCUAGAUACCCGCGAGGAGUACGAACUGAAGGAUCCAACGAACGGCUACUACAAUGUCCGCGCGACCACCCACGACGAUGCCAGGCCGUCGUCCCGCUCUAUGAUGUACCAGGGAGAGUUCCGGAACUCCAACCUUCUGGGGGGAGCUACAGGGGCUAACUCCAGUGGACCACCAGGGGGCCCCGGUGGGGCGGUGGUGGCAGGAGGGGUCCCGGGGAAUCCGGGGUCACGGGCAGGGUGCUACGACCCCCGACCUCCAUCCAGGAUGUCUCAUACUAGCUACGCCCAGUUCAACACCUUCACUAGGGCUGGGCAGAGCCAAGCCCCGCCCAACGUCAAUCAUCCCUCCCAUCCCACUUCACAGACCAGCGAAUUCCCCGGUGACUGCGGCCUAUUGGACAACAACACUCAGCUCACCUAUGACAACUACGGCUACCCCGCCAAGUAUCCCACCUAUCGGAUGGGCUUUGCCCCGCCCCCGGAAGUAGAGCCAGCCAAUGAGAUGUACCCGACUGGACAAGGGGUGGGACCAGGGCCAGUCCAAGGACUAGGUCCUGGUCCAGAAACUCUGCUUGGGAAGUAUGGUACCUCCACCCGCUUCUCCUACUCCUCUCCUCCUGGUACGGACUACAAUCAGAGACACACGCAGAGGAUGCAGACACACGUGUGAUUGAUGUAUUGAGUAGUACACAGUGGUUUUCAUACACACAGAUACGUGCAUACAGUGCAUUCUAGAAGUAUUCAGAACCCUUGACUUUUUCCACAUUUUGUUAUGGUACAGCCUUAUUCUAAAAUUGAAUAAAUCGUUUUUCCCCUCAAUAUUUUACACACAAUACCCCAUAAUGCAAAAACAGGUUUUUAAACAUUUUCUUCUGGAAGGUCCUCCCACCUCCACAGAGGAACUCUGGAGCUCUAUUAGAGUGACCCCUUGACCCCGGGUUCUUGGUCAUCUCCCUGACCAAGGCCCUUCUCCCCGAUUGCUCCGUUUGCCGGGUGGCCAGCUCUAGUAAAAGUCUUGGUGGUUCCAAACUUCUUCCAUUUAAUAAUGAUGGAGGCCACUGUCUUCUUGGGGACCUUCAAUGCUGCAGAAAUGUUUUGGUACCCUUCUCCAGAUCUGUGUCCCAACACAAACAUGUCUCGGUCUGUACGGAUAUGCACUGUCAACUGUGGGACCUUAUAUAGACAGGUGUGUGACUUUCAAAAUCAUGUCUAAUCAAUUGAAUUUACCACAGGUGGAGUUUAGACACAUCUCAAGGAUUAUCAAUGGAAACAGGAUGCACCUGAGCUCAGUUUUGAGUCUCAUAGCAAAGGGUCUGAAUACUUAUGUAAAUGAGGUCAUUUUGUUUUUUAUUCGUAAUACAUUUUCAAAAAUGUAUAGAAACCUGUUUUCGCUAUGUUAUUAUGGGGUAUUAUGUGUAGAUUGAUGAGAAAUAAAUCAUUGUAAUCCAUGUUAGAAUACGGCUGUAACGUAACAAAAUGUGGAAAAGUGAAUGGGUCUGAAUACUUUCAGAAUGUACUGUAUGCACCUAAAAACAAAUGUACUUGUGUGAGUGAAGCAGAAAGAUACACUCACCCGGGGAGAACGACUGUCCCCCUCGCAUUGAGGAUUUGAAGACCGACGUAAUACUGCAGUCAUUGUUUCCAGAUAACAGGAUCCCUAAUUAAAGUGACUGGGGAAGUGUCAAUCUUCGUGGUCAAUAUUUGUGAAUAUACAUUUUUGUUAAAUACACAAAUAUUGGUACCAAUAAUGUAUUCUUUUUCACCAGAUGUAUGUCCUUGAACCGGCUACUUUAAAUCACACACAGACAAAGUUAUGGGAUCAUUUCGUUGCUAAUGUCAGCCUGCAGUACCUCGGUCAGCCUUGAACUUGAUAAACUCCAUGAGAGGGGGCAGCACAGAGCUAGCCUGCAACAUCACUUCCUAGAGUAGCUCAAAUUGCCCAUGCAAUGUAUCCAAAAACUCUUCCAUGUAGCAAGAUUGCGACACGCUGAAAUGACACUUCGUCUUCAUCAAAUGCGCCACUGAGCAUUCUCAUAGGAAACUACGUCAUUGAUGGCUUCGUCCAUAUUUUUGGGGGUCUAUGCAUUUCUGCUCUCUACACACUUGCUCUAUCCCAUAUACACAAACAAUCUUACACAGUUUCUCUCAAACACUCUAUUGUGUGCAAUCUUAAGCUCUGAGAGCUGAUAAAGCGAAAGCCACAAUCAAGGGAGGGAAGACAUGAAAUGAUAAGAGAAAGAGAAGCUGGGAGUACUUUUCUUAAACGAGGAGAGGAGGGUGUUUCACAGAGUGUGAUUAUUUACAUGCUGAUAGAAAGCCUCCUAGAUAUAUCUCUUCACCUUCACACCUCCUCUCAGUUUGACUCUCUUUCUCUUUCCUCUCAACCCAUCUCUGUAUAUACAGUUGAAGUCAGAAGUUUAUAUACACACUCAGUUUUUCACAAUUCCUGAUAUUUAAUCCUAGUAAAAAUUCCCUGUUUUAGGUCAGCUAGAAUCACCACUUUAUUUUAAGAACGUGAAAUGUCAGAAGAAUAGUAGAGAUAAUGAUUUAUUUCAGCUUUUAUUUCUUUCAUCACAUUCCCAGUGGAUCAGAAGUUUAACUUGGGUCAAACAUUUUGGGUAGCCUUCCACAAGCUUCCCACAAUAAGUGGGUGAAUUUUGGCCCAUUCCUCCUGACAGAGAUGGUGUAACUGAAUCAGGUUUGUAGGCCUCCUUGCUCGCACACAGUUUUUCAGUUUUGCGCACAAAUUUUCGAUUUAGGUCAGGGCUUUGUGAUGGCCACUCCAAUACAUUGACUGUGUUGUCCUUAAGCCAUUUUGCCACAACUUUGGAAGUAUGCUUGGGGUCAUUGUCCAUUUGGAAGACCCAUUUGCAACCAAGCUUUUACUUCCUGACUGAUGUCUUGAGAUGUUGCUUCAAUAUAUCCACAUAAUUUUCCUACCUCAUGAUGACAUUUAUUUGUGAAGUGCACCAGUCCCUCCUGCAGCAAAGCACCCCCACAACAUGAUGCUGCCACCCCCGUGCUUCACGGUUGGGAUGGUGUUCUUUGGCUUGCAAGCCUCCCCCUUUUUCCUCCAAACAUAACGAUGGUCAUUAUGGCCAAAAUGUUCUAUUUUUGUUUCAUCAGACCAGAUUACAUUUCUCCAAAAAGUACAAUUUUUUUCUUGUGUGCAGUUGCAAACCGUAGUCUGGCUUUUUUAUGGAGGUUUUGGAACAGUGUCUUUUUCCUUGCUGAGCGGCCAUUCAGGUUAUGUCGAUAUAGGACUAGUUUUUACUGUGUAUAUAGAUACUGUUGCACCUGUUUCCUCCAGCAUCUUCACAAGGUUCUUUGCUGUUGUUCUGGGAUUGGUUUGCACUUUUCGCACCAAAGUACGUUCAUCUCUAGGAGACAUACCUGAGCGGUAUGACGGCUUCGUUGUCCAUGGAGUUUAUACUUGCGUACUAUUGUUUGUACAGAUGAAUGUGGUACCUUCAGGCAUUUGGAAAUUGCUCCCAAGGAUGAACCAGACUCUUGGAGGUCUACAAUGUUUUUUCCGAGGUCUUGGCUGAUUUCUUUAGAUUUUCCAUGAUGUCAAGCAAAGAGGCACUUAGUUUGAAAGAAGGCCUUGAAAUACAUCCACAAAUUAUGUCAAUCAGCCUAUCAGAAACUUCUAAAGCCAUGACAUCAUUUUCUGGAAUUUUCCAAGCUGUUUAAAGGCACAGUCAACUUAGUGUAUGUACACUUCUGACCCACUGGACUUGUGAAUUAAUCUGUCUGUAUACAAAUGUUGGAAAAAUACUUGUGCCCUGCACAAAGUAGAUGUCAUAACCGACUUGCCAAAACUAUAGUUUGUUAACAAGACAUUUGUGGAGCGGUUGAACAACAAGUUGUAAUGACUCCAACCUAAGUGUACAGUGCUGUGAAAAAGUCUUCCUGAUUUCUUAUUUGUUUUGCACAUUUGUCGCACUUAAAUGUUUCAGAUCGUCAAACAAAUGUUUAUAUUACACAAAGAUAACCCAAGUAAACACAAAAUGCAGUUUUUAAGUGAUCAUUUGAUUUAUUAAGGGAAAAAGCUAUCCGGACCUUCAUGGCCCUAUGUGACAAAGUAAUUUCCCCCCUUGUUAAAUCAUGAAUUUAUUGUGGUUAAUCACAUUUUUUGGAAAGCUGAGUUCAAUUUCACUAGCCACACCCAGGCCUGAUUCCUGCCAGACCUGUUGACUCAGGAAAUCACAAAAGAUCUCAAAAAGCAAGACAUCAUGCCGUGAUCCAAAGAAAUUCAGGAACAGAUGAGGAACAAAGUAAUUGACAUCUAUCAGUCUGGAAAGGGUUACAAAGCCAUUUCUAAAGCUUUGGGACUCCAGCGAACCACGUUGAGAGCCAUUAUCCACAAAUGGAGAACAUUUGGAACAGUGGUGAACAUUCCCAGGAAUGGCCGGCCUACCAAAAUUACCCCAAGAGCGCAGCGACAACUCAUCCAAGAGGUCACAACAGAACCCACAACAACAUCUAAAGAACUGCAGGCCUCACUUGCCUCAGUUAAGGUCCGUUUUCAUGUCUCAACCAGAAGAAAGAGACUGGGCAAAAAUGCCAUCCAUGGCAGAGUUCCAAGGCGAAAACCACUGCUGACCAAGAAUAACAUAAAGGCUUGUCUCACUUUUGCCAUCUUGAUAAUCCCCAAGACCUUUGGGAAAAUACUGAGGAGACAAAAGUUGAACUUUUUGGAAGGUGUGUGUCCCGUUACAUCUGGCAUAAAAGAAACAGAGCAUUUCAGAAAAAUAAAAUCAUACCAACAGUCAAAUAUGGUGGUGGUAGUGUGAUGGUCUGGGGCUACUUUGCUGCUUCAGGACCUGGACCACUUGCUGUGAUUGAUGGAACCAUGAAUUCUGCUAUCUACCAAAAUAUCCUGAAGGAGAAUGUCUGACCAUCCGUUCGUGACCUCAAGCUGAAGCGCACUUGGGUUCUGCAGCAGGACAAUGAUCCAAGACACACCAGCAAGUCCACCUCUGAAUGGCUUUAAAAAAAACAAAUGGUUUUGGAGUGGCCUAGUCAAACUUGAAUCCGAUUGAGUUGCUGUGGCAUGACCUUAAAAAGGCGGUUCAUGCUCGAAAACACUCCAAUGUGGCUGAUUUAAAACAAUUCUGCAAAGAAGAGUGGGCCACAAUUCCUCCACAGCGAUGUGAAAGACUCAUUGUCAGUUAUCGCAAACAACCAGUUAUUAGGUUUAGGGAGCAAUUACUUUUUCACAUAGGGCCAUGAAGGUUCGGAUAGCUUUUUUCCCUUAAUAAAUAAAAUAAUAAAUAAAAUGAUCACUUAAAAACGACAUUUUAUGUUUACUCUUUGUGUAAUAUAAAAAUCUGUUUGAUCUGAAACAUUUAAGUGUGACAACAAAUAAGAAAUUCGGAAGUGGGUAAAUACUUUUUCACAGGACUGUAUCUAAACUUCCGACUUCAACUAUAAUCUCAUUGGGGUAAAGAUAUGAAGAUUAUAUUAUUUUAACGUUAAUAUGUCCUUGUAUAAACAUACUGUAUACAACUACAUCUAUGGACCUGCUCUCCACACACUCCUUUACACUCACAGAUAUUAACACACACACUCUCUUACAUGUUCAAGAAGAUGGUCUUGCUCUCACUGCUGUGCUCAGGCAAGGCGACCGCUUGUACUCCGUAAGUGGACCUCUUUUUAACCUGCUUGUUCUCGAUGCCACCACAAACUGCUCAACUGGCAUGGCCAAAGGGCGCCCCCAAGAAGUGAAGGAAAAUUAAACAUAAUCCCCAUGUAGUGCACUAGUUUUGACCAAGGCCAUAGGGCUCUGAUCAAAAGAUGUGCACUACAUAGGGAAUAGGGUGCCAUUCGGGACACACACAAGGCAUCACGGUAUAAUAGCCUUCACGCCAAUAUGGUGAUUUUACAUCCGACAAGAAAGAGAACAACUGGUGGGUCAAGGACCACGUGCUGCACACCUAUAAGGUAUGUUGGAGAACGACUCUCCAUGGUACGGUGAAGAACGACUCUCCAUGGUACGGUGAAGAACGACCCUCCAUGGUACUGUGGGGUAUGACUCUCCAUAAUACGGUG